UCAAUUAAAAAAUGCAUCAAUAAAUGUACUGGUAAUUUACUGGUUUACCAGUAAUGCAAUCCCUAGCUAAGAUGGCUGAGAAGAUUGAGCUGCUGAUAGUGGGCAGACAGUGGCUCUGGUUGAGUCAAUGUUAGUGACCAAGGAAUUGGGUCCAGGUGUCCAAUAUGCACCCCCCAAUAUGCAAACUAGCAUGUGUUUGCAUAGGACUGCAUUCAUUUAAAGAGGAGGGCAGCUUUUGCCACAAAUGGAACAAGAAUUGGCAACAAAAAUGUUGCAGAUACAAUCAAAAAGGUUUUAUUUGGACGUAAAACAAAAUAGGAGAGGACGAUUUAUAAAAGUAGCAGAGGUUGGGGCUGCAGGAAGAAAAAGCCGCUUACUGUUAGCCAUGUCCACAGCUACUGAAUUCAGAGAUCAUCUUACAAAUUUUAGUGAAUUAUAUGCUUCUUUGGGGCCACCAAAUCCUGAUAAUUUACCAGAAGAUGGGAAACUCAAAAGUGAAAUCAUGAUAAAAGACAAUAGACGUUAUUAUUUAGACCUAAAAGAGAACUCAAGAGGAAGGUUCCUAAGGGUGUCUCAGACAAUUGCUCGUGGUGGUCCCCGUUCUCAGAUUGCCAUACCUGCACAAGGGAUGAUUGAGUUUCGGGAUGCUUUGACAGAUCUAUUAGAAGAAUUUGGCACAGAUGAUGAAGGUAUUUCUCAACCAGACCUGGAUAAUAUGUGUUUCAAAGGAGAACUUCCUGAAGGAAAACACAUGAGAGUUGAAAAUAAGAACUUUUACUUCGAUAUUGGCCAAAAUAGUAGAGGAAUAUACAUGAGGAUAUCAGAGGUCAAAAGCAAUUUUAGAACAGCAGUCACCAUUCCAGAAAAAUCCUGGUCACGAUUUCGGGAUAUAUUUGCUGAUUAUGUGGAUAAAAUGAAAGAAUUAACAGAAAAAUCAAUUGAUGGCGAGAAAUGAUUAAUUUUUUUUUAAUAAACAGAAAAAGACUAUAUAAUUUGAAGUAGUACAAGGAUGUUUGUACAAGCUUUGUGCAUUCUUCAGAAAUUUGAAUAUUGUGUUGUUGAUUUUAGGCACUAAUUGCAUGUUCCCAAGUGAAAAAAAAACAAAAAAAAUAAUAAAUAAGAGAUUAUCUUUGAUGAACCAAGAAAAAUUGUAAAUUGUUUGGCCAAGACUUUUCCUGUGUACAUAUUCUUGUAAGUACUUCACCAAAAUUGGCCCCAACUUAAUAUGGCAUUCAUUGCAGAUGUGAUUUGAUAGAUGAUGCCAUUUCAUCUAUUCUUGUUUAAAAACUUACAGUGAUGUCUCUUUUAGAAAGAUAUAAAGUGAUCAUAUUGCAGUGAGAAAUGGUACAGACCUUAAAUUUCACUCUAAAAGAUUUUAGUUUCAAAAACAUAUAGUAAUAUUUGAAUUUUUAUUACAUUGUUAUCUAAUUACGAAACAUACUUCUCUGGAAUCAAAAGUUAGAAUAUUUGUAUGAUAUAUAAAUAUUGAUGUUGAAGCUGUUUUAGUACCACGUUUCUUAAAUUCAAGGCCAUUUCAAUAUAGGUUUAGUUUCUUAAAAGAGAUAUAGUGGAUCUGCUUUGACCUAGUGUCAUUUGCAGGAAUUAUAAUGCUUGUUGGAAAGUCAUACCUAAAACCAAAAGUAUUAAAAAUAUAAAAUUUGACAAAAAAAAAAAUAAAUAAAUAAAUAAAACAAAGAUACAUAGGCAGUCUUUCAUUAAAGUAUGAGACCUGUAUACUAAAUUAUAUACAUGAAUACAUAUAUGUAUAUAUAUAUAUAUAUACACAGUGUUUAAACAUGUGUAAUUCUAAAACAGACCUCCUUUGCUAACAAAUAAUAAUAGAUCACUGCCUAUAACUCUUAUAAACAAUAAAAUGUUUAAUAAUGCAUUUAUAAUUUUAUUAAUGUGAAAUGGUUUUGAGUUUUGAACAGUCCACGGUUUGUUUUUAGGAUAAAAUGAUAUUGUUAAAGUGGUUAUUACAGUUAUAUUGAAACAAUUACUAGUAGAGGAAACCUAUUAAUUUUUAAUUAUGCAGUGAGAAAUGUAAAAUGUUGUUUAAAGAUUUUAAAGGAAAGGAGGGAAUAAAUAAUAAUUACACUGCCAUUCUAAAAAAAGAAAAAAGAAAAAAAAAAGAAUUUGGUAUUGUAUUGAUAUUUGAUGAUUGUAAAUUUUCAGCAUUUUUGAAUGGUUACAGUUAUUUGUUGACAUGUGAAAAUUGUUUUUUGAAAUACAUUAGAGCAGCAGUUACUCUGGUCAUUGACUUAUUAUAUAUAUAUAUAUAUAUACACACACACAUAAAUAAAAAUAUAUAUAUAUAUUUUCCUCCAGUUUUUAUACAUUGAGUUUUAUUCAAAUAUCAAAAAGAUUUAUUUGUUAAAAUGUAAUUGUUUUUAUUAACUAUUUUCUCAUAUAUUGUGCUGAAAUGGCAUAUGUUUUCUUUUAAAAUCUUACAAAGAUUAAUGUUAAUAAUAUUAUUAUUAUUAUUAUUUGUUUAUUAUUUGAAAGGAAAGAAAGUUAUAUCAGUUGAUAUUGGAUAGAUUGUUGUUUAAGAGUUUAUAAAAUUUGGAUUUUAUUGCAUUUAAAAUUUAUUUUAUUACAGAGUAAUCAUAGAAUGCUUCUAAUGAAUAGUACCAUAAUGGUGCUACUCAAAUACCACCCUGUAUUUCUUAUCAUCAUCAUUUGAAGUUAAUGUUCGAAUAUUAAUCAUAUUUCUCAACACAGAUAUAGUCAGUUUUGGAUAAGGAAUGGCCAUUAACUGUCCAUAUUUGUGUUGAAAUAUGUUAAAAAUUUUGCAUACCACAUUGAUCAUCUGGCUCUAGAAUCACAGAAUCUGUUGAUUAUGAUAAAAAUAAAAAUUAAAAAUAAAAAAAAAAUAAAAAAAAAAUUUAAGUAUGCAGCUGCUCUGCU